CCAUCGUGUCCCGCGGGCAGGGAAAGAAGGGCGGUACUGUUCCUGUUGCCUGCUAUAUUGCACAGAUCCUCGGAGCGUUGUUCCCCUUCUUUUCUCGGAGUUUCUUCGAGCAUCAACCUCAGAAAGUGAAUUGGGCCAAACAGACAUGGCUGGAUAUCUGAAAGUCCUCAGCUCUCUUUCGAAGUCUGCCGUUGCUUUCUCCAGAAACCCAGCGGUGCUCGCCCCUGCUGCAAACUGCCAGACUUUGCAACAAAGAAACUAUGCCGACAAACGCAUCAAGGUGUCCCAGCCGGUGGUGGAGAUGGACGGAGAUGAGAUGACCAGGAUCAUCUGGGAGUUCAUCAAAGAGAAGCUCAUCCUGACCAAUGUUGAUGUUGAGCUAAAGUAUUAUGACCUGGGUCUGCCGUACCGUGACCAGACUGACGAUCAGGUCACCAUCGACUCUGCCCUGGCCACUUUGAAGUACAAUGUGGCUGUUAAAUGUGCCACCAUCACCCCCGACGAGGCCAGAGUGGAAGAGUUCAGCCUGAAGAAGAUGUGGAAGAGCCCUAACGGUACCAUCAGGAACAUCCUGGGCGGCACCGUCUUCCGUGAGCCAAUCAUCUGCAAGAACAUUCCCAGGCUGGUUCCAGGCUGGACGCAGCCAAUCACCAUUGGCAGACACGCCUUCGGUGAUCAGUACAGAGCAACCGACUUUGUUGUGGACCAACCAGGAAAAUUCAAGAUGAUCUUCACACCCUCUGAUGGGAGUGCAGGCAAGGAGUGGGAGGUUUAUGACUUCCCUGCUGGUGGCUGUGGAAUGGGCAUGUACAACACUGAUGAGUCUAUCACUGGCUUUGCUCACAGCUGCUUCCAGUACGCCAUCGGCAAGAAGUGGCCCCUGUACAUGAGCACAAAGAACACCAUUCUUAAAGCCUAUGAUGGCAGAUUUAAAGACAUCUUCGAGGAUAUCUACGUAAAGCACUACAAGCCAGAUUUCGAUAAGCUGAAGAUCUGGUAUGAGCACAGACUCAUUGAUGAUAUGGUUGCCCAAGUGCUGAAGUCCUCUGGAGCCUUCGUGUGGGCCUGCAAGAACUACGAUGGAGAUGUUCAGUCCGAUAUCAUCGCACAGGGUUAUGGCUCUCUGGGAUUGAUGACCUCAGUCCUUGUGUGCCCUGAUGGUAAGACAAUCGAGGCUGAGGCCGCCCAUGGCACUGUGACCAGGCACUACCGCGAGCACCAGAAGGGAAAGCCCACCAGCACCAAUCCAAUUGCCAGCAUUUUUGCCUGGACAAGAGGCCUGGAACACCGCGGCAAGCUUGAUAACAACCCCGACCUGAUCAAGUUCGCCCAGACCCUGGAGAAGGUUUGUGUCGAUACUGUUGAGAGUGGCGCAAUGACCAAGGACCUCGCAGGCUGCAUCCACGGCCUGCCCAAUGUCAAGCUCAACGAGCACUACAUCAAUACCACAGACUUCCUCGACGCCAUUAAGACAAAUCUGGACAAAGCCCUCGGCAAGUAAAAAGGACUUGAUGGAAUAUAGUUAGUUUGGAGAUGGCAAUGCCACUCAUCGGUUUUGUACCUCAUUUUUAACUUAAAGGUCAAUAGAUACACUCGCAUUUUGUUCUGAAGGAAACAAGUACUGUCUUUAGUGUUGUAUUAGGUUAUAAAUAGCUGAGAACUGUGCUUCCACCUGAUGCCUCCCUAACUAUCUGUCCAACUAUUCGCAAGGUUUUAUUUUUGUUAUGUGAAGUACUGUAUUCAAUAUUGUGUAAUGCCUUGAGCAGGACUGAAGACUUGAUCAAACAUAUUUGCCAAUAAAACCCUGUGUUUGACCCAC